AUGUCUUCCCCAACGGUCUAUGUCGUCACUGGCGCCACUCGAGGUAUCGGUCUUCAACUCGUCACCCAGCUCGCUGCCAGGCCCAAUACCGUCAUCUAUGCCGGCUACAGGACCGCACCCUCUGCGGACAGUGACCUCGCCCAGCUCGCCGCCAAGCAACCGGAAGUCGUCAUCCCCAUCAAGCUCACCUCGGGGGACCAGAAGGAUAAUGCUGCCGCUGCCGAGGUCAUCAAGGCCAAGUUUGGGAAAGUGGAUGUUGUGAUCAGCAAUGCGGGCUACUGCGCUCCGCUUAAGGCCAUCGCCGAUCUGACCCCCAAGGAUAUCUAUUCCGAGUUCGACAUCAACCUCAUUGGCGGCCUCGUCCUUUUCCAAAACCUGGUUCCACUUCUCCAGGCCGCCCCUUCCCCGAAGUUCAUUACAAUCUCAUCGGCCGCCGGCUCCAUCGCCCUGGCGCUCGGGGUUCCCAUCACUAGCUAUGGCAUAAGCAAGGCCUCUGCGAACUUCUUGGCAAAGAAAAUUGAUGUCGACUAUCCUGAUAUCAUUUCGUUUCCUCUGCAUGCCAGUGAGCAGCUUGGAGCCACCCUCGAGCAGCUCGGAGCCAUCACGCCCGCAGAAAGCGCUACCGGGAUCCUGUCGUUGAUAGACAAGGCGACCAAGGAGACCCACGGCGGGAAGUUCUGGAAUGUUGACGGGACGGAGCUCGCCUGGUAG